AUGACCAACAUCCCUCACCAUCGCAUCCUCACAGUCGGUACCGGUGCUAUCGGCGCUUAUUACACCUGGCGCAUGCAGCAGGCGGGUAAUUGCACCGUCACAGCAGUCUGCAGAUCCAACUACGAGGCGGUCAAGGCCAAUGGCAUCGAGAUUCAGACUGUCGCCUGGGGCGAAGGUCCACACGUUUUCAGACCCGACCAUGUUGUCAAGACGGUACCUAAUGAGACGUUCGACUUAAUUGUCGUUUGCAUGAAGGCUUUGCCUGCCGUCUACAGCAUCCCCGACAUCAUUGCCCCCGCGGUCGAGGUAUCUCCUGAUGCUGGCAUUGUUCUUAUCCAAAACGGUAUUGGCGUCGAGGACCCCAUUAAGAAGCGUUUCCCUCGCAACCCUAUCCUUUCGAGCAUUGCCUACAUUGGAGUCACCCAGAACACUGCUGGAGUUGUUUACCACUCUGGUUCUGUUCAAAGAAUCGUUGUUGGUCUGUUUGAGCCAAUUGAGGGAGUCGAUGCUGAGUCGGUGCUCCAAACCUUUGGUGAGCGAUGCAAGCUUGGAGGUCUGGAGACCAUUGUCACUAAUGAUAUUCAAAACUUCCGGUGGCAGAAACUUGUUUGGAACGGAGCAAUGAACCCUAUCUGUAUCCUGUCAAACCUGUGGACAGUUUCCAAUGUCCUUGCAGACGAAAAGUACUACCAGAUGGCAUUGACAACAAAGAAGGAGAUUGCUGCGCUGGCCGAGGCCCUGGGACACCCAAUGCCACCAACAUUGGUCGACAUGAGCAUGAUGACUAGUGCGCGCCUUGCAGACGGAUACAAGGCCAGUAUGGUGAUCGAUCUCGAGGAAGGACGGCCCAUGGAGAUGGAGGUUAUUAUGUCGAACCCCAUCAGGAUCGCAGAGGAGCGCAACUUGACACAUAUCAUCCCCACCUGGUAUAAGCUCCACAGCGAUCUUGUCAAAUACCUUGCAGAACGCAGCGCCAACAGCCAAAAGCUGUAG